AUGGCACCCAGUCAGAGAAUGACACCCAAUCCGAGCAUUGCACCCAGUCCGAGUAUUACUCCCAGUCCUAGUAUAGAACCCUGUCCGAGUAUUGCACCCAGUCCGAGUACGGCUCUCAGUCCGAAUAUGUCACAAAGUCCGAUUAUGGCACCCAGUCCGAGUAUUUCACCCAGUCUGAGCAUUGCAUUAAGUCAGAGUAUUGCACCCAGUCCGAGUAUUGCAGCCCGUCCGAGUAUUGCAACCAGUACUAGCAUUGAAACCUGUACGAGUAUGGCACCCAGUCCGUCUAUGGCAUCCAGUCAGAGUAUUGCACCCAGUUCAAGCAUGGAACCAUGUCCGAGUAUUGCACCAAGUCCGAGUAAUGCACUCAGUCCGAGUAAUGCACCCAGUCCGAGUAAUGCAUCCAGUCCGAGUAUUGCAACCAGUCCGAGUAUGGCUCCCAGUCCGAGUAUUUCAUCCAAUCCGAGUAUUGCACCCAGUCCGAGCAAUGCAACUAGUCCGAGUAUUGCACCUAUUCCGAGUAUGUUGCACCCAGUCCGGUCCGAGUAUGCACCCAGUCCGAGUAUGCAACCAGCCCGAGCAGUGAACCCGGUCCGAGUAUGCAACCAGUCCGAGUAUUGCAUCCAGUCCGAGUAUUGCACCCAGUCCGAGUUUGGCUCACAGUCCGAGUAUUUAAUCCAGUCCAAUAUGAGUUUGCACCCUGUCCGAGUAUUGCACCCAGUAGGAGUUUGCUGCACCCAGUCCGAGUAUUGCACCCAGUACGAGUAUGCUGCAGCCAAUCAUAGUAUGCUGCCUAGUCCGAGUAUUGCGUCAAGUCCUUGUAUUGCACCCAGUCCGCGUAUACACCCAGUCCGAGUAUUGCACCCAGCCCGAUCCGUGUAUAGCACCCAGUCCGAGUAUCCACCCAGUCCGAGUAUGGUACUCACUAGUCCGAGUAUGCUCAACACGUCUGAGUAUGCACCGAGUCCGUGUAUUGCACCCAGUCCGAGUAUAAGAAUGCACCCGGUCCGAGCAUGCACCCAAUCCGAGUCUGCUCCCUACCAAUCCGAUUAUGCAUCCAGUCCGAAUAUGGCAUCCACUCCGAGUAUGCUACACCCAGUCCGAGUAUGCACCAAGUCCGUGUAUUGCACUCAGUCCGAGUAUGAACCCAGUAUGAGUAUGCAUCCAGUCCGAGUAUGCAACCAGUCCGAGCAGUGCACCCGGUCCGAGUAUGCAACUAGUCCGAGUAUUGCAUCCAGUCCGAGUAAUGCAUCCAGUCCGAGUAUGGCUCACAGGUCCGAGUAUUUAAUCCAGUCCAAGUAUGCAUCCAGUCCGAGUAUGCACCCAGUCCGAGAAUGCACCCCGUCCGUGUAUUGCACCCCGUCCGAGUAUUGCAUCCAGUCCGAGUAUGGCUCACAGGUCCGAGUAUUUAAUCCAGUCCAAUCCGAGUAUAGCACCCAGUCGGAGUAUGCAUCCAGUCCGAGUAUGCACCCAGUUCGAGUAUGCAUCCAGUCCGAGUAUGCACCCAGUCCGAGAAUGCACCCAGUACGAGCAUUGCACCCAGUCCGAUCCGCGUAUACACCCAGUCCGAGAAUUGCACCCAGCCCAAGUAACCACCCAGUACGAGCAUGCACCCAGCCAGAGUAUGCACCUAGUCCGAGUAUUGCACUUAGUCCGAGUAUUUCAUCCAGGCCGAGUAUUCCACCAAAACCGAGUACGCUGCACCCAGUCCAUGUAUGCACCCAGUCCGAGAAUUGCACCCUGUCAGAGUAUUUCAUCCGAGUAUUGAACCCAGUCCGAGAAUUGCAUCAAUAUGAGCAUGCACCCGCUCCGAGUAUGCACCCAAUCCGAGUCUGCACCCAGUCCAAGUAUUGCACACAUUCCGAGCAUGCACCCUACCAAGUAUGCACCCAGUCCGAGUAUAGCACCCAGUCCGAGUAUAGCACCCAGUCCGAGUACGGCACCCAGACCGAGUAUGCUACACCCAGUCCGUGUAUUGCACCCAGUCCGAGUAUGAACCCAGUACAAGUAUGCACCCAGUCCGAGUAUGCACCUAAUCCGAGUCUGCACCAAGUCCAAGUAUUGCACCCAGUCCGAGUAUGCACCAAGUCCGAGUAUUGCACCCAGUUCGAGUAUGCACCCAGUCCGAGUAGUGCACCACGUCCGAUUAUGCAAACAGUCCGAGUAUUACACCCAGUCCAAGUUUGCUGA